AUGGGAAUUGGUUGUAAAGCAGCUGUUUAUUCUUACUCUAAUUGUAGUACAAGCUAUUUAUUUGAUUCAUGUUGCCAUUCUUAAAGUAAUUUCAAAAACCAUAUUUUGUUCCAGAAUUAUUAUCUAUUAUCACAUUGCACCAUUCAGAUAUUAAAUUUUGCCACUUAUUCUAUAAAUGCAUAUACAUUUAUAUGGGCAUUAAAUAGAAGCUUUUCAGAUCAUAUUGCAAAGUAUUUGAUUUUAUUUGAUAUUUUUUCUAUUGUAAAUUUAUUAAUAAAGAAUUGCAAUCAAGCCUUCCUGUUAAUAAUGUUGCGAACAGUCUUUUUAAGUUCCAUAAUGUUUUGUGUUUCAGCAGUGCACCACCAAUUUCUUUAGCAUGCUAUGAAUUUUGUUUAUUUCUUAAUACAACAUUCUUAAUCGCUUAUUAAAGUGCUAAACUUCUUUGAUAAUUAUAGUAUUUAAAAAGAACAAAGUUCAAUCCAAGCUGAUAAUGAAAGCAGAGAAACUAAUGCAAUCAAAAAAAUAUUAAUGGAUUUGCAUCAUGUUUGUCUUAAGAUAAAUGCAGUACAUAUUGGGUUUAAACUGAAAAUUUGGCAAACCAAAGCAGGAACAAGUUUAUCACAUUAUAUUAUAAUUAUACUAGUGAGUUGUACAAUAAAACAGAAAUUUAUAUUCUUAAUCUCUUUAUGA